AUGGCUGAAGUUUGUCGGCCCGCUCGCUCCGGGAAUUCCGGGAGCGACCUGGCUCAAGCGGCAACACAGACCGUCCGCAUCAAUAUCGGUGGUGAAAAGCUUAUCGAAGUCCACCGCGAAUUGUUCAGCGUGGUCGGAGACAACAAGCUAUCCGCCUUGUUUUCAGGUCGCUGGGAGCUUCAUCUAGAUGACCGUGGCUAUUUCUUUGUCGACUAUUCUCCCGAGGUUUUUAUGCCGUUGAUUGAAUGGCUGCGCCUUGUUCGGGACAGCCCCUCGCAGCAAAGCCUCCCCUUCAUAGAUAUAGACACGAGGCACCGGCUAGCACUCGUUCGAAUGAUGGUGGCGAUGUCAUUCGAGCUGCAUGCUCUUCGGAGUGCUGGCGUCUUUGCUGCAGAGGUGAUCUCCUAUGGCUUCGGAGUCGACAGCUGCGUCGACGCUGGAUACUGCGUGGACGAGCUUCUUGAGGCUGGAGCCACUCUUGAAUCUCUCAGGCACGCCGGGGUGGAGGCCCAGAGGCUGAAGCAUCUCGGCUUAAGCAAGCUCAGAGAGGCAGGCUAUACUGCCAGAGAGCUGAAGCAUGCAGGCUUCGACGGCUUGUCCCUUCUGCGUCAAGGUGUGACAGUCGCAGACCUGAUCCAGGCUGAGUUUGCCCCGACUGACUUGCGGGGGCGAGGUGUUCAGUCUGCCACACUCGUUUACGAGCUCGGCUUCUUAGGAUUUUCAGCCACCGAGCUUCGUGUGGCAGGGUUCUCUGCCUCUGAUCUCACAGUCGGAGGGUUUACGGCCACUCAGCUUCGCGCGGCAGGCUUCUCUGCCAUGGAACUCAAGGCGGCAGGGUUUUCUGCCGCAGAGCUUCGUGAAGCUGGCUUUACUGCCGAACAGCUCGCACAUGCAAGGUUCUUUCGCCAACAGCUUGAGGCAGCAGGGUUCGAACGCAUUAUGAUCAAUUUCUCUGAUACCUACCAGCUUCGGAGCUUCAAAACACGCGGCUUCCUUCCGGACAACCUUCCUGCAGCAACGGUCUCAGAGCUUCGCAUCGCCGGGUUCAGCGCCACAGAGCUCCGGCAGCAGGGCUUUGACGCGCUCCAGCUGCUGUCAGAGUUUGGCAUGAUGGCAGUAUUUUUGGCCUGGCUGCACUAG